AACCUUUGCAUGUUUCUGGACUCCGCCAGCGAGGAGGAGUGGGCAAAGUGGCUGCCCUCCGGCAUCUUCGCGGGCGUCACCACCAACCCGAUCAUCCUCGAGAGGGACGGCAGGGAGUGUAACAUCGCGGCGCUCACGGAGCUGGCGAAGGAGGCACUGGCGUACGACGCCGUGCAGGAGUUCCAGGUGCAGACCUGGGGCAAGACCAGCGACGAGAUGUGGAAGAACGGCAUCGCACUCGCGAAGUAUGACCCAGAUGUAAUUGUGGUCAAGGUGCCCGGCACGUUUGAGGGCAUCAAGGCGGCCAACGCGCUGGUGACGGACGGGAUCAGGGUCACGAUCACGGCUGCGUACGCCUCGCAUCAGGCUGUGCUCGCGGCGGCGGUGGGUGCAAACUACGUGGCACCGUACCUCGGCAGGAUGAACGACGCGGGGAGGGACGGAUUCGGCACCAUCGUCGAGAUGCAGAAGACGGCAGACAAGCUGGACAGCGACAUGAGGAUCCUGGUGGCGAGCGUGAGGAACGUCGGGGACAUCGCCAAGCUGGCGGCCGCGGGUUGCGAUACGUUCACCAUCAGCGCCAAGGUUGCGGAGGACAUGUUCGGGGACCCGCUGACCAACCAGGCGACGCUCGACUUUGAGGAAUCUGCCACGAGGAUC